GUUUGGCAGACAUAAAGCACGUCGUUUGCGUCCUAUGAACACUAACGCACCUUCCCACAAGUCGACUUUUCCAUCGACUUUCCAAUCGACUAUUCUUUGCACCUUAUUUUCGCCAUGGUCAUUGUUGCAAUUGCCGGAGGGACCGGGGUAAUGGGCAAGACCCUGGUCGAUGUCUUGGCUGGCCAGACGAAGCAUCAAGGGCUAGUCCUUAGUCGAAAGGAACCGAAAACCGGCGAUCUACUACUGCCUCACUUCGUGGUGGACUACACCAAUGUGGCCGCCCUCACCGCGUUUCUUGAGGAACACCAAGUACACACAGUUAUCAGCGCCUUUGGAAUCAAUGGGACCUCUCUCGCCGUGUCUCAAAUUAAUCUCAUCAAGGCGGCGGAGGCCUCGUCAGUCACCAAGCGUUUCAUCCCGAGUUCGUUUGCCACUGCCUACCCAAAAGAUGGUCCAAGCAUACUUCCUCCGCUGCAAUCAUACUUUGACUCUCUGGACGCAUUGGAAAAGACUAGUCUGGAGUGGGCUGUUGUUCACAACGGCACAUUUCUCGAUUACUAUGCUCCACCCACUCUCAAGUCGCAUUACGACCAUGGAACUGUGGUCCUGGACAUCCCAAAUGCUGCGGCAGGCAUCCCCGGGACAGGCAACGAGCCGAUGACUUUUACCUACACUUUUGAUGCCGCUCGUUUUACGAUUGCGGCUCUGGAUCUGCCCUCCUGGCCGCGAGAGCUGCGCAUUGUUGGUGAUACGUUGACCUACAACGAGUUGACCAAGCUAGCAGAGGCAGCUCGGGGCGUCAAGUUCGAUGUCAAGUACGAUGACCUGGAGAAAUUGAGAAGAUUCGAAAUCACAGAACUUCCUGGACAUUCUAACGAUUACAAGAAGUUCCCAAAAGAUGUUCUCCUGCCAUUUUUGUCAAUCUUCCAACGUUGGAUGGCGGAAGGCCUUGGGUCCAUCUCGAGAGAGGGAUCUUUGAACGAAAUGUUUCCAGAAAUUGAGCCUUUGACGGCUGCUGGUUUGAUGGAACUGUACUGGAAGACAGCAUAGAUCGAU